AUGGCCACCAUCGACCCUGAUGUUGGAUGUGUUGUCCCUGGGCCGGGAGAAUGGCCCGUUGACCCCCAGGAACCGAUUCCCAUUCGCGAAGACAGAUUGUGGGUCGACGGUUGCUUCGACUUCUUCCAUCAUGGACAUGCCGGCGUUCUCCUCCAAUCCCGCCGGCUAGGUGCCUCUCUCUUCUGCGGCGUGCAUUCAGACGCCGACAUCACCCUCAACAAAGGCCCCACAGUCAUGUCUUUGGCGGAACGAGUUGCUGCGAUGGAAGCCUGCCGCUUCUCCACCAAAGUCGUCCCCAAUGCACCAUAUGUCACCAGCAUUCCAUGGAUUUCCCAUUACGGAUGUCAAUAUGUGUCUCACGGAGACGACAUUACUAGCGAUGCGGGCGGUGAGGACUCAUACCGAUUCGUAAAGAAGGCGGGCAGAAUGAAGAUUGUCCCCAGGACACAAGGGAUCAGUACAACGGAUCUAGUAGGGAGGAUGCUGGAUCAGACUACCGGACAUUUUGUACAAAGUCUGGAGGCGGUGAUUCAAGGGAAGGAGAAGUCUGAGACGGGCGAUGCRAAGGAGGUGGGCAGAUUAUUGAAGGAGUAUGCGGCGGCGGAGAACGGAGUUGAUCCCGGCAUUGAGGUCUUCACAUACGACGAGGAGCGGACGAAUGCGUUUGAGCGGAUUGUGGAGGGGACAAGACCGAGACCUGGGCAGAGGAUUGUCUAUGUGGAUGGCGCUUUCGAUCUCUUCUCUUCUGGACACAUCGCCUUCCUGCAGACCGUAUCUCAGAUGGAGUCUGAGCGGGGCCAUAAGAGUGGCUGGUUUGAAGAAGCCAAGCAGCGGGAACGGAUUGAGAAGACCGGGAGUGAUUAUCCUCCUGCCUUUAUCGUUGCAGGCGUUCACUCUGAUGCUGUUGUCAACGCCCACCGAGGUGGCAACUAUCCCAUCAUGAACGUCAUUGAGCGUGGACUGUGCGUGGUGCAAUGCGCAUACAUCCAUGCUGUUGUCUUUGGAGCUCCGUUCGUUCCUGUCAAAGCAUACCUCGAGACACUACCAUUUGGCGAUGCGGGAGCCAGAACACCGAAUGCAGUAUACCAUGGUCCCACCAACUCACCGGGACGAGACGAAUACUCCGAUGCGAAAGCUAUGGGAAUCUACAUCGAGACUGCGGCACAUGCCUUCCAGGAAGUUAAUGCCGAGCAAAUUGUUGGCAGGAUCAUGGAGCGGAAGGAGGAUUACAUUGAAAGACAGCGAAAGAAGGGUAUCAAGAGUUUGGCUGAGAGGGAGGCGGAGGCGGAGGAGAAGAGAAAGGCUGGAAAUUUGUGA